AUGCCCGUCACAUUAAGAAAGCGCCCAGCUCCAGCAGAGCCACCUGCUUCAGCUCCUCCAGCAAAGAAGAAGUCUGGUGUCGUAAAGACGGUCGCAAAAGUUAAAGAGACAAUCAAGAAAGCUGUAGAACCUAAAGCCACCAAGACAUCAAAGACCGAUGAACCAGUUGCAGCUGCACUAAAGACAAAUGGAUCUAAAGCUGUAGCUGCAGCUCCGGCUCCAGCUCCGGUUCCUGUUCCUUCAAAGAUUGCAACUAAAGUUGUGGUUGGUGAAACCAUUGAUCUUGAAGGUUUUGGUGGAGAGAUCGAAACAAAUGAUGGUGAAAAGACUACACUGAAGAAACUUGUUGAUGAGAGCAAGAGUGGUGUUGUUCUUUUCACUUAUCCCAAAGCUUCUACACCUGGAUGUACAACCCAAGUCUGCGCUUUCAGAGAUUCUCACACUUCGCUUUCAGACACAGGAUAUUCCAUCUAUGGCUUAUCAAAGGAUUCCCCCAAGGCAAACACCACCUUCAAGACAAAACAAAAGCUCCCUUAUACACUUCUUUGCGACACUAAGGCUUCCCUUAUCAGUGCAAUUGGUUUAAAGAAGGGAAAUAGUACUACUAGAGGUGUAUUCAUCAUCGAUAAAUCCGGCAAAGUUUUAGCCGCACAACCUGGUUCUCCAAAGGGAACACUCGAGGUAGUUGAGCAAUUGAUUGGUCCUGCCGAGGAAGAAUCUGAAGUUGAAGCUACCCCCGAACCAAUCGAACCCGAGACAGAAAUCGUAACCGAAGGAGCCGAAGCAAAAGCAGAAGCCGCACCAGAAGAAGAGGAAAAAGAAGAAGAAAAGACCGAAAAGAAUACCGUUUCUGAAGAACGAGCAACCAAUGGUACCAACGGAGAUUCCGCAUCCAAGGAAGAUGCUGCCAAAGCAGAUGUGGCAGCUGAUGUAGCCGAUACUGCUGAGAAGCUUGAUAGCAAGGAUUCCGAGAUCAAGGCUGCUGAAGACUCGACUUGA